AUAACAACUACGACAAUUCAGUUAGAUUUCUACCGAAGAUGUCUGGAAGAACAACAUAAUAAGGGCGUUAGUGACUCAAAUGUUAAUUGUUAUUUUAAAAGUUGAAUCACGUUUAACAGAAUGUCCAGUGAUUCAGAAGAGUUUUAUGACCUGGAUGAACAGGACGUCACUAUCGUUGCUGGGAACAAGUCAGCUAUGGAAGUGACUACCUUUUUCUUUCCAAAUGUGACAAGUGGGAGCCACACUGAAGAUGGUCAACCUUCCAGCCUCAAUUCUGUGCAACAAGUUUACCCAACAUUAGAUUUUCCCAAAGAAAAAGAAACAGAAGCUGUUCCAAACACAAAACCAAUUCAAAGACCAGCAGUACUAGAAGGCUUAGAUUCCCCAUCUGUGUCUGGUGCUAUUGAGAAACGAAGAAAAAAGCUAGAAGAAUUACGUAAACGGAUGUUAACAGAUGAUGAUGAAGGCAAUGCUAAUACUUCUCCACCAGGCAGCCACCCAUCAUCAGUGGAAGGGCUCUAUGCAGUUAGUAAACCGUCACACCCGUUCAAGUUCAUUGAUCAUGAGACCAUGAGCAUGCAGAGCACAGUAUCCCUCGGGCGAGUCGGUCGUGUUUUAGGUGGAGAGAUCAAGCUCGUGUCCAGAUCAGGUAGCAGAGAAAAUAUGAGCCGUGCCACCACUCCUGAAGUGAAAACUCCAUCUUCUAUGGUGGAAACCCCCAAGACCCCAUUGCCUGUCGUUGUGAGCUGCCAUGAACCAGACGUUGUUGCCAGUGCCAAAGCGUCUAUUCAAACAGACGUGCCACUUUUCACUGUAUUGGCUAAUCCGGUAGAUGAGACAACACAGCCACACUUCGAACCAGUUGCUCCACCUCGACGAAGGCGAAAUAAAACCCAAGCACCUACUCCGCCUGCUGCCAUUUCCUUGACGCCUCCUACUCUACAAGAACCGAUUCCAUCUGGAAUGCCGAAAAUUCCGGUUGCUAUACCCGUUUCUACGUCAGCCCCACUACUGACUUCUUCCGUGCCACCUACCAUUGUUUUGGAGCCAAGCAAAAAGGCUCCACUUCAUUCCUUUAAUAAAGGACUAGAGUUUUCGCUUGAUUUGAAGUCGGCUACCAAAGGGAGUUACGUCAUAAAGCCUCAGGACGAAGAAUGCACCAGAGGUGAAAGGAGAAACUCCCUAACGGACACGGCGAGCAGGACCCCCGAACGAAGUUUGACAUGCGAUGGGGAUGUCAAAAUUGACAAAGUGAGCUGUGAUCCCAAUUGCGAAGAAGAAGCAAGUGGGAUUCAAACGCUUAACAUGUUCGUUCGGACUCGGACUGAUUCGGGUAAGCCAUUGAGUGACAUGGAAAUCCUUGAACAAGUGACGGUGUUGAAUCUUGAUACUGGAGAGCAGAUUCCUCUUAGCAUUGCUGAAGAUAAAUUGCCCCAGUGCCUGAAUCCUCUUUCAUUACAUAUCAUGAGGCUAACCUCUGAAUACAUAAGUAAUUCGAGCCUUGAAAAAGAUAAAGAAUCCGACAACGAAAGUGUAGAUUCGAAGAAAACAUACAACAUUCAGUCAGACAAUGUCUCCGAUGGGGAUUCUGUAUCUCUUCGCAAAAAGACAUCACAACUUAAGAAAUUUUUGGGAUCCAAAGUUCGUCGUACAGUAGGAAAAGCAAGGAUGAUAGCUCAAGAAGUUUCGUUACCAGGUCGCCAAAAAGAGGAAAUGAUCGAUAUUCCCGACGAGUUAACUGGUGGAGAACAACAUGUGAAGAUGAAAGCUUCGAGUAGUCAUAAAGGUCCUUACGAGUUUGACACACUGCAGUGUGUGCAAGAGAUGCAUGGAGAACAUCUGGGCCCCAUCUGGUGUAUGAAGUUUUCGCCUUGUGGACGACUUUUAGCUACUGCCGGUCAAGACCGUAUCUUGCGCAUUUGGGUGCUCAAGACGGCCUUCAACCAUUUCCAGGACAUGCGAUCCCGCUGUAACGCAGACAGUAAAUCAUCGCCAACUCCCUCACAAGAGUCUCUCGUCUCCCAGCAUUCGGUAGACGAUCCUGUUGCUACCAUCAUAGCUGAAAAAGAAUCGGAUCCGCGUUCACCCUUUGUUGAGCGGCCUUUUUGCACCUACUCGGCUCACACUUCUGAUCUCCUUGACGUUUCAUGGUCCAAGAAUUAUUUUAUUCUGUCCUCGUCGAUGGAUAAGACGGUUCGACUUUGGCACAUAUCCCGUAAAGAGUGUCUCUGUUGUUUCCAACAUAUCGAUUUUGUGACGGCCAUCGCCUUCCAUCCGAGAGAUGACCGGUAUUUCCUCAGUGGGUCACUCGAUGGCAAACUUCGCUUGUGGAAUAUACCUGACAAGAAAGUAGCCCUCUGGAACGAGCUAGACGGACAGCACAAGUUAAUAACGGCCGCGAAUUUCUGCCAGAACGGAAAAUUUGCCGUUGUUGGUUCAUACGACGGUCGCUGUGUUUUCUAUACCACAGAACAUCUCAAAUAUUACACGCAAAUCCACGUCAGGUCGACUCGCGGACGUAAUUCCAAAGGUCGGAAGAUUACUGGCAUUGAAUCUCUCCCGAACGAAGAUAAGAUUUUAGUCACAUCCAACGACAGUCGCAUUCGCCUCUACGACCUUCGUGAUCUAAACCUUUCUUGCAAAUACAAAGGAUACGUGAAUAAUUCGAGUCAAAUCCGCGCCUGCUUCAGUCACGAUGGCAAGUACAUCAUUAGCGGUUCGGAGAAUCAAUACAUUUAUAUGUGGAAGACGCAUCACGACUACGCCAAAUUCUCUUCGGCUCGUCGAGAUCGCAAUGAUUACUGGGAGGCCAUCAAAGCGCACAAUGCGGUAGUGACAUCGGCUGUUUUUGCACCCGAUUCUCAUUCGUUGAUUGAGCAAAUGGAACGACACCGGCGUGAAAAAGAAGAAGAAAAGGCAUCGUCGCUGUCAACAGAUGCUUCAGCAGGCAAGCGUUUGGCGGCAUCCGCAACGGCUGAUAUUACAAGGCAAAAACCGAAUGUUGAAGGAGGUGCCUCUUCCGGCAACGGUUACGUCCUGGUCAGUGCUGAUUUCAAUGGUUGUAUCAAGGUGUUUGUCAACCGCGUGAAACCGAAACACAGUUCUUUGCCGGUUUCCGCCUUGUCCUAAAAACGGGGAACGGCAGAGGUACGAAGUUACAGUCGACGAUUAUAGUCGCUUCUCAGUCGACACGACAAGAAAAAUUGUUCUGAGUUCAAUUGGAGAUUAUGUAUAAUUACGCAACCCAAAGAAAUCUAAAAUUUAGCAUGCGGAAUGAUUUAUGGCGAUGAAUAAUGGAACGCCUCCACAAUAUAUAAUUAAUGUCAAAAACA